GAGCCGUUUACUUUCUGUCUACCGAGGCUCUCUCCGCCUCUUUACGACCUCUCCACGAACUACGACGCCGCGACGACGAUUCUCGCCUCUUUUCUGCUUUGCUCUUCUCGUCUUCGGCCCCCUAUCUACAAAUCCGUCAUUUUCGUCUCUUUCCGACUCUCGACGGCAAAUCUUCAACCUUCGACCCACUCUCGUUUACGAUUGCUCUGACCUUUUUUGAGAAUGGACAACUGGAGAGUAGCUGUGCUGGGCGAUGGCGGUGUGGGCAAAACAGCGCUAGCUGUCCAGUUUACCCUCAACUGUUUCGUCGAGACGUACGAUCCCACGAUUGAAGACGCAUACCGGAAGCAGUUGGUGGUAGACAAUAGGAUGUGUUUUGUAGAGGUCAUUGACACCGCUGGACAGGAGGAAUAUGCCACGUUGCGUGAUCAGUGGGUCCGAGAGGGGCAAGGAUUUAUCUUAGUGUAUUCCAUCGCCUCUCGGUCGACCUUCGAUCGGCUCGAGGUUUUCCGCCAGUCCAUGCGCCGAGUCAAGCGUGGUGAACCAAUCUUCAUGCUUGUGGGCAACAAGUGUGACAAGACCUACGAGCGAGAGGUGUCCAAGGAGGAAGGUGCUGCUAUGGCGCGGCACUUCGGCUGUGAAUUCAUCGAGACCUCGGCCAAGACAGCGCAGAACGUAGAGCGCCUCUUCAUGAACCUCGUUCGUGCAUUACGACAGACCAGAAUAGAGGCUGGGGGCUCAGUGCCGACCAAAACAAAAGAGAAGAAGCCGGGCAAGUGUAUCAUCAUGUAGGGGACUUUUUUCUGGGAUUUCUGGGCUUUAGACUCCCUUACAUUUUUUUACCUUUUUCCACGAUACCACUAUGAUCUCUUUUCUGCUUCCUUUUCAUGUGUAUCAUUUAUCCCUCACUUUCAUCGAUUGUUUGCAACACCGCACGUAUGGUUUCUCAUCACAUACGCUUUCCGUUUGUACGCCGUUCAAACGAGCAAUCUCCUCUGACCUGAUGGCCACAC